GUCAGAAUGAAACAGAAACAGUUCUCUCUCCAGCUGAACGGACCAUGAGCAGCUCGGUGACUCUCAUGCUUUACAGACUUUUACUAAAGGAAUAAAAUAAUAAGUGAAGAAACUUUUCUGUUUAGCCGGUGUCGGAUGGGAAAGGACACAGAAUGAAGCACGGAAACGACAUCAUGAAGUCUCUGAUUUUCCUCGCCUUUACCGUUCAGCUCGCUUCACCAGCCACACACUCUCUGCAGUACUUCUAUACUGGAGUGACACCAGGCAUCAGUUUCCCAGAGUUCACUCUGGUUGGUCUGGUGGAUGGAGAGCAGUUUAUGUACUAUGACAGUGACAUCAGGAAGAUGAUCCCAAAGACAGAGUGGAUCAAAAGCGCUAAGGAUGAUGAGCCAGAUUACUGGUUCAGAAACACUCAGCGUGCACAGGGCAACCAGGAGGACUUCAAAGUCAGUUUGGAUAUAGCAAUGGAGCGCUACAAUCACACUAAAGGGGUUCACACAGUGCAGUGGAUGUACGGCUGUGAGCUACAUGAUGACGGAACCAAGAGAGGAUAUGACAUGUAUGCUUAUGAUGGAGAAGACUUCCUUUUUGUGGAUCUGAACACUCUCACCUGGACGGCACCUAAUCCUAAAGCUUUUAUUACCAAACAGAAAUUGGAUGCUACUGGAUGGGAGGCUAAUUAUGCAAAGAACUACCUUCUGAAUGAAUGUAUCGAGUGGUUAAAGAAGUACAUGGAAUAUGGCAGAUCCACUCUGGAGAGGAAAGUCUCUCCUGAGGCGUUUCUGUUCCAGAAGAACUCUUCUUCUCCAGUGGUGUGUCAUGCUACAGGUUUCUUCCCCAAAGCAGUGAUGAUCUCCUGGCAGAAGAACGGAGAGGAUCUGCAUGAGGACGUGGAGCUCAGAGAGACGCUACCCAACCAGGAUGGAACCUUCCAGAAGAGGAGCGUUCUGACUGUCUCACCUGAGGAGCUGAAGGAGAAUCAGUACAGCUGUGUCGUUCAUCACAGCAGUCUGAAAGAGGAGUUGGUUUUGCCAUUCAAGACAGGUGGAGGGUCAGUUGGUAUCAUCACUGGUGCAGUUGUGGCUGUUCUGCUCCUCGUCCUUAUUGGAUGUGUUGGAGUUUUCAUUUGGAAGAAGAAGCAGUCUGGCUUCAAACCGGUUUCAGGAAACCCCAAUGCACCCUCUGAAGGAGAUUCAUCCUCCAACAACUCAUGAACUUCCCAUUGUGGAAGUUUUGGUGAUAAUAGUAAUGUGCUUGAUAUUUUUUAUUUCUUUUCUUCUUGUCUUUCUGUAACUUCCUACUGCAUGUUUACCUCUGAUCCUGCAGAACAGUAAGACACACAGUGAAAAAGAGGAGCAUGUAUUUGUUUGCAGUCCUUGACAAUUGUCAGUUACUCACAAAAUAAUUUCCAACUCUUUGUGUUGUGAUGGAGUGCAAAAAUUAUAACACAGUGAAAGCGAGAGCCGUUGCUUCCCAUUAUUUAGUGAGGUGCAUGAGAUUUUGCAGCAGUUGCAGGCAAUUCGGACCCAAAAUGAUGAAGCGAUAGUAUAAUCUAUAAUAAUCUAAUAUAUAUGUAAUAUAAUCUGUCCAUCUACAUUAUGAUGUUUUUUAUGGAUGACUAUUGUUUUGAUAUUGAAUGACUACUUGUUCAACCCACUGAAGUAAGUCGAAAACUGCUAAGAUAUGUUAUAGUAAAUUUUGCAUACUUAUUUCAGCAAAUAGAUUCCACCUCCAUAGACACUAAACAACCUCAAAUACCACAAAGAGUCAGUGGUAGCCCAGUACUCUCCAUCAGCUGACUUCAGUCAGAAAUGUUCUCCUGGUGAUGAGGACAUAUUUUGACAUAUAAAAUCGGGGAGCUGUCCCUUUAAUUAUGUUUCAGUGGAACCAAAAGUAAAAAUUAGCACAAAAAAGGUAAUUUUUGCGUUUUAAAAAAUAGCUCCAACAUAUCUUACUUUAUCUGCUGAAGUGCCUGUCCAGACAAUUUCCCUCAGUUAAGGUUUAGUGCUAAUUCCUAUGAUCAUGUCCAGCUUGGACAGAGGAAGAUCCCUUUCCAAUACAGUCAUAUGCACAUGUUUGGGCACACAUGGUCAAAUUUGAUGUUUUAUUGAUGUUCUAAGUAAAAAUAAGUGACACAUCCUCUACAGAGAACACAAAUGUGUCAUUUCUUUCACGUUAGUGCACAAUUUCUGUUUAUUUGCUGAGUUUAACCUACUGGAAAACCUUUGCACAGGCCACACAUUUUUUCCCAAAAUAUGUUAAAAUGAGCAAAUAAACAAUAAUUGUGUAUUAAAAUGUGCAGAAGUGUGUAACCUCAAAUUAACAAAAUAUGGAAUUUGACUAGGGCCACACAAAUUUAUGCAUACGACUGUGACCUCUAAACUCUGGAAUAGUGUUCAGAGAGUAUUGGAUUGUAAGCUGAAUAGGGUUUUUUUAGUCCUAAGAACUAAAAAUAUAUUUCAGGCUAUUAUAUGUCUAGUGCAGGGGCUCUUAACUUGGAGGUUGCAACUCCCUCAGGGGUUCUGAGAUGUUUUCAGGUAGUGGGGUUGCAAAAGAGGUGCGUUAAAAAUAUAUAUGGCUUAUAAAACACAGAGAAAAUAAUUUUGAUGUGUAACUUGCAAAAAAAAAAGGCACUUGAAUGGGAAAGAGUGCGAAAAUGCAAAAAAUAAAUGUGAAGCUAAAUAAUUUUAACCCUAAAAAAGGGGUGCACUCUGAAAAAGGUUAAGAACCUCUGGCCUAGUGUAGUGGCUAUAUUCUAUUUCUUGACUUAUUGUUUGUAAUUUGCUGCAAAUUGCUGUUAUAAAAUGCUGUGAGAUUCUGUGAUUCUGACUUAUUUUUCCAACAUAUUUUCCAGUCCAGAUUUUGUAAAAUGAUGUAUAAAUAAAAAUGUAUCAUUUUUAUUAUAAUUAAAUUCUGUUUUCAUAA